GUCCAGGCCUCGCGCUGCGCGUCCCUCCCUGGGCGACGGCCAGGCCGGGCCCCGUGGAACAGAUCGGCUGCAGCGCGGGCGAAGACCGGCGUGGGGGCGGAAGCCGGGGCGCAGCCAGAGCCCGGGGAAUCCUUUCAAGUUCUGGGUUCUCUUUGUUGCGCAAUGGGGCCUCGGGGCCGCGCGGCCUCAUUGGCCCGGAGCUGUGACGUCACGCCCCGGCCCCGCCCGCGUGUCUUGCGGAGGGAGGCCUCAUGGCCCGGGUGGGUCCCAGGCUAGUUGCACCUGCAGUUGGCCCUGCAGUGGGCGGGGAAGUGGGAAGCCCGGUCCUGAGAUGCUGCGGAAUGCUUUAAGUGCCCUGCAGGAGAAACUUCCCAGCAGAAGACAGGGCUUUAAGUGCCCUGCAGGAGACACUUCCCAGCAGGAGACUGGGUCCCGUCGGCACUGUGGGGAGCCCAGCCUGGGGUCUGGCCCUAGUGGCCGCUCCAUUCUACGAAGAAUGGACAGAAAGGGUGCAAUCCGUGGGUCUGUGGUCACUGACCCAGAGCCAGAGGGACACUUUGUUCCCACACAACCAGUCCUCUGUCACUCUGCACUUGGAACCCGGUGUCCACGCCCUGCCCCCCAGGACGUUCCUCUCCCAUGCCAAGACUACAGUGCCCAGGAGUGCCUGGCCCCAAACCCAGCCCUGACACUAUUCUCUCCGUGUUGCCCUGAGCUUCUUCCUGAAGUGUUCCCAUCUGCAGUGUGGGGACAGUGAGACCUGCCCUACAGACCUGAGGCUCAGAAAGACCUCAGCUCUAGGGACAAAAAAAAAAAUGCCCUUUUCCCCAACAUUUUAGGGUUUGAGAGGCCAGGACUUUGGUGUCAGGCAAGUGGAGUUUGGAUCCUGGCUCAGGCAAGUGCUGGCCGGGCAAACAGCUUUACCCCUCCCUGCUUCUGCUGGACAAGCUUCACAAUGGGGAUGAAUUGUGGGGGCACUCACUGGAGGAGCAUGCCCGUGUGCAAGAGGAUGCACGUGCCCCUGCCCACAGACCUAGAGCCUUUUUCUUUUUAAGACAGGGUCUCACUCUGUUGCUCAGGCUAGAGUGCAGUGGCACAAUCAUGGCUCACUGUAUCCUUGACCUCCCCAGGCUCAGGUGAUCCUCAAACCUCAGCCUUCCAAGUAGCUGGGACUAUAGGCUCACACCGCUACGCCUGGCCAAUUUUUUUAUUUGUUGUACAGAUGGGUUUUCACCAUGUUGCUCAGGCUGGUCUCGAACUCCCAGGCUCAAGCCAUCCACUCACCUUGGCCUCCCAGAGUGCUAGGAUUACAGGCAUGAGCCACUGCACCCUGCCUUCAGACCUAAAGCCUUUCCCAGCAGUAAUGCAGCAUUAGGCUAGACGAGAAGGGCUGGGCUGGUUGCAGCCUGUGGCUCCUUCCUUACCACCCUGCACCAGUAAUCAACACGUGGACAGGGUGGGCGGGGCCAAGGUCACGGGGCUAGACAGAGCUUGUUGGGCAUCUGAGGGAAGGCCUCCCAGUCUCACAGCCGAGGCUGCCUUGGGCAGGUAGAAAUAGAUGCUGACCUGCUAGGUGCAUGCUGAGUCCACUUUCCUAUUUGAGAGCGUAAAGACCACUGGUGUCUGCAGCCCUCUUGCUCACAGCGCUUACUCACACUCUGUCUGCCAGGCACCCCAAAGGCUGGAGGUGGCCCAGUGCUCCCCUCACUCCUGAGGCUAGUCUGCCCCAGGUCCUGGUCCCAGUGAAUAUGUAUCUGCCCACAGGUCUGAGGCUCCCGGCACCUCUAAGCUCAGUGUCUUGGCCCAUAAGAGACAGCACAAGGCUGGGCGCGGUGGCUUAUGCCUGUAAUCCCAGCACUUCGGGAGGCCGAAGCGGGUGGAUCACCUGAGGUCAGGAGUUCGAGACCAGCCUGGCCAACAUGAUGAAACCUCGUCUCUACUAAAAAUACAAAAAAAUAGCAGGGCGUGGUGGCGGGCACCUGUAAUCCCAGCUACUUGGGAGGCUGAGGCAGGAGAAUUGUUUGAACCCAGGAGGCGGAGGUUGCAGUGAGCCGAGAUCCACCCUGGGUAAUAAGAGUAAAACUCCAUCUCAAAAAAAAAGAAAGAACUCUGGACAAGACAAGCAGGAGGCCUGCCAGCUGGUGGCUGGGGCAUCGCUGCCUUCCCUGCCCGAGAGCCAGGGGCCUUGGCUAAGGCGGCAGUGGCCCCCCACCUUGAGCUGGAGAUACUUCCUCUCUGGGGGACAUGGGGCAUGUCUGGUACUAUAGAUGCCCAUAAGGACCAGGGCAUGAGAAAGAGAGCAAAUGAGGCUAAAUGGCCCCUGGGUGAGAAGGGCCAGUUAAGUGUGAGCAGAGCACAAGUAGGCCUUCACUUGGUACUGGGCUUCUCCCACACUGCCUGCCUGGGCUGCAGCCAGAGGGCUGCCAGGCUGGGAAGGGUGAGGGAAGGACUCGCUGCCCAGCCCUCUGGCAGGAUGGGUGCUUCCCCGCUCCCCGCCACAUGCCUGCUGCCCAGCAUCCUAUGUCCCUGACUCACAUGGAAAGGCCAUCGGCACUUCCUCUGACAUCAGAGUCAAGCUCUGGUCUGGUCUACUGGCCGUCUCCAGGCCCUUGCUGCCCAAGCCAACCAGAGCAUGAGACUGGCCACUACCCCAGAGCACCCAGUGUGUGCCAGACCUGGGCCCAGGGCUAUAGAGAUGUGGCUCCUGUCCACCUCAGCCUCCCCGCGGAAGAAGCAUGGCAGUCUCUUAGAGGAGAAGGUGCAGGGACCUUGCCCCAGCCACACCGCUUCUGUGUGGGGGCUUUAACCUCAGCGCGGGGUCCUGGCUCUGGAAGACCAGCUGGGGGCUGACAUAGCAGACUGCCUGCCCCCUCUCAGGGUGGUCAGGAAAGUGGUGACCAUCUCCGUUCCCCAACAGGUCACUUGGGGAACAGGAGAGGGAAAUGGAGGUUCAGGGGGUGUGGUCUUCCGGGACAUGUCCUUACGUGGCCUGAUGAAGUAGAAUAAAUUAAGGCAAGUACGUCAGAGAUGUCCACUGUGGGGGGCUCUGGCAUGGGCUGUGUGAGGAUUCUGGAACAUUUGAUGGCAAGAGGACUUGUUCUGGGAUGGUGCCAGGUCAUGCACGGGGCAAGAAUGCCCAUCUGGGCCCACCUUGGAUGGUUCCCUGAGGAUGCAGGUAACCUGGAAGGAAGCCCAGAUAUUGAGCUUUGACCAGGAGUGGACGGAAAUGAGGGAAUACGCACUUAUUGGGCACCCCGUAUACAGCCCCUGGGUGUCAGGGACAUGGGCAGGAGGGUCCUCCCGGGGAGUGGAGAGGAGAGUGCAGCCUGAUGUAAGCCAGGGCCAGAUAGGUCAUGGUGCGCCAGGGCCUUCCCUGCCUUAGGGCAUUUGUGCUGUUGUAACACAGUACUUAAGACGCAGUAACUCAUGAAGAACAGAUUUAUGUCUCGCUGGGUAUGGGAGCACUUGCCCUGUAAUCCCAGCUACUCAGGAGGUUUAGAUGGGAGGAUCACUUGAGCUCAGGAGUUCGAGACCAGCCCAGGCAACAUAGUGAGACUCUGUCUCUAAAAUAUAAAAAUAAGGCCGGGCACGGUGGCUCAUGCCUGUAAUCCCAGCACUUUGGGAGGCUGAAGUGGGCAGGUCACUUGAGGUCAGGAGUUUAGGACCAGCCUGGCCAACAUGGUUAAACCCUGUUACUACUAAAAAUACAAAAAAAUUAGCCGAGCAUGGUGGUGUAUGCAUGUAGUCCCAGCCACUCAGGGGGCUGAGGCACAAGAAUGGCUUGAACCCAGGAGGUGGAUGUUGCAGGAGCUGAGGUGGUGCCACUGCACUCCAGCCUGGGCGACAGAGCAAGACUCUGUCUAAAAAAAAAAAAAGAAAAGAAAGAAAGAUUUUAAAAAUACACAUAUAUAUAAAUUUUUUUUCAAAAAAGAAAAACUGAGAAAUCCAAAAUCAAGGUGCUGGCAGGUUUGGUGUCUGGCAAGGCCUGGUCUGUGCUUCAAAGAUGGUGCCUUGAAUGCUGCGUCCUCUGGAGGGGAACAGCACUGUUGCUCACAUGGCAGAAGAGGGAAAGCUCCUUGAGAGAGAACUCACUCCCGGAAGCCCUUUUGUAAAGACAUUAAACCCACCCAUGGCCUAAUCACCUCUUAAAUGUUUCAUGGCCAGGCACUAUGGCUCACGCCUGUAAUCCCAACACUUUGGGAGACCAAGGCGGGAAGACUGCUUGAGGCCAGGAGUUUGAGACCAACCUGGGCAACACUGCGAGACCCCUUCUCUAUAAUAAAAUUAAAAUUAGCCAGGCAGGGCAGGGCAUGGGGCUCACACCUAUAAUCCCAGCACUUUGGGAGGCCGAGGCGGGUGGAUCACGAGGUCAGGAGUUCAAGACCAGCCUGACCAACAUGGUGAAACCCCAUCUCUACUAAAAAUACAAAAAUUAGCCAGGCGUGGUGGUGCGUGCCUGUAAUCCUAGCUACUCAGGAGGCUGAGGCCGGAGAAUUGCUUGAACCCAGGAGGUGAAGGUUGUAGUGAGCCAAGAUCAUGCCAUUGCACUCCAGCCUGGGUGACAGAGCAAGAUUCUAUCUCAAAAAAAAAAAACGUAGCCAGGCAUAGUGGUGCAGGCCUGUAGUCCCAGCUACUUGGAAGGCUGAGUGGGGAGGAUCCCUUGAGGCCUGGAGUUCCAUGCCACAGUGAGCUAUGAUCUCACCACUGCACUCCAGCCUGGGUGAUAGAUCAAGACCCCAUUUCUUAAAAAAUAGUGUUACCUUGUAAUCCCAGCACUUUGGGAGGCCGAGGCGGGCAGAUUACGAGGUCAGGAGAUCGAGACCAGCCUGGCCAACAUGGUGAAACCCCGUCUCUACUAAAAAUACAAAAAUUAGCCGGGCGUGGUGGCAGGCGCCUGUAGUCCCAGCUACUCAGGAGGCUGAGGUGGGAGAAUGGCAUGAACCCGGGAAGCGGAGCUUGCAGUGAGCCGAGAUUGCGCCACUGCACUCCAGCCUGGGCUACAGAGCGAGACUCCGUCUCCAAAAAAAAAAAUAGUCUUACCUCUUAAUAGCAUUAGAAUGGCAAUUAAAUCUCAACACGUUUUAAUUAAGUUUCAACAUGAGUUUUGCAGGGGACAUUCAAAGUGUAGCGCUCGCCAUCUCCCAUCCCAAGUACCCAAGGGCUACAACGCUGUCGCCAGAGAGGAAGUCACUGAGUGCCCACUGCCACCCCCCCACAGAUGCUCGUGGUCCCCAGCAUCCCUGAGCCACCAGGAGUGAGGGCUGCUGCUCCCUGAGACCUGGCUCCAAGGAGGAUGCCACAGCCGCCUGCCAGCUCUGGUCUGCACCAUGAGUGAUGAGUGGCGGCUGCCUGGCAGUGCAGUGGGCUGGCUGGCAUGUGGGGGCCUCUCCCUGCUGGCCAAUGCCUGGGGCAUCCUCAGCGUUGGCGCCAAGCAGAAGAAGUGGAAGCCCUUGGAGUUCCUGCUGUGUACACUCGCGGCCACCCACAUGCUAAAUGUGGCCGUGCCCAUCGCCACCUACUCCGUGGUGCAGCUGCGGCAGCAGCGCCCCGACUUCGAGUGGAAUGAGGGUCUCUGCAAGGUCUUCGUGUCCACCUUCUACACCCUCACCCUGGCCACCUGUUUCUCUGUCACCUCCCUCUCCUACCACCGCAUGUGGAUGGUCUGCUGGCCUGUCAACUACCGGCUGAGCAAUGCCAAGAAGCAGGCGGUGCACACAGUCAUGGGUAUCUGGAUGGUGUCCUUCAUCCUGUCGGCCCUGCCUGCCGUUGGCUGGCACGACACCAGCGAGCGCUUCUACACCCAUGGCUGCCGCUUCAUCGUGGCUGAGAUCGGCCUGGGCUUCGGCGUCUGCUUCCUGCUGCUGGUGGGCGGCAGCGUGGCCAUGGGCGUGAUCUGCACAGCCAUCGCCCUCUUCCAGACACUGGCCGUGCAGGUGGGGCGCCAGGCCAACCGUCGCGCCUUCACCGUGCCCACCAUCGUGGUGGAGGAUGCGCAGGGCAAGCGGCGCUCCUCCAUCGAUGGCUCGGAGCCCGCCAAAACCUCUCUGCAGACCACGGGCCUCGUGACCACCAUAGUCUUCAUCUACGACUGCCUCAUGGGCUUCCCUGUGCUGGUGGUGAGCUUCAGCAGCCUGCGGGCCGACGCCUCAGCGCCCUGGAUGGCACUCUGCGUGCUGUGGUGCUCCGUGGCCCAGGCCCUGCUGCUGCCUGUGUUCCUCUGGGCCUGCGACCGCUACCGGGCCGACCUCAAAGCUGUCCGGGAGAAGUGCAUGGCCCUCAUGGCCAACGACGAGGAGUCAGACGGCGAGACCAGCCUGGAAGGUGGCAUCUCCCCGGACCUGGUGUUGGAGCGCUCCCUGGACUAUGGCUAUGGAGGUGAUUUUGUGGCCCUAGAUAGGAUGGCCAAGUAUGAGAUCUCCGCCCUGGAGGGGGGCCUGCCCCAGCUCUACCCACUGCGGCCCUUGCAGGAGGACAAGAUGCAAUACCUGCAGGUCCCGCCCACGCGGCGCUUCUCCCACGACGAUGCGGACGUGUGGGCCGCCGUCCCGCUGCCCGCCUUCCUGCCGCGCUGGGGCUCCGGCGAGGACCUGGCCGCCCUGGCGCACCUGGUGCUGCCUGCCGGGCCAGAGCGGCGCCGCGCCAGCCUCCUGGCCUUCGCGGAGGACGCACCCCCGUUCCGCGCGCGCCGCCGCUCGGCCGAGAGCCUGCUGUCGCUGCGGCCCUCGGCCCUGGAUAGCGGCCCGCGGCGAGCCCGCGACUCGCCCCCCGGCAGCCCGCGCCGCCGCCCCGGGCCCGGCCCCCGCUCCGCCUCGGCCUCGCUGCUGCCCGACGCCUUCGCCCUGACCGCCUUCGAGUGCGAGCCACAGGCCCUGCGCCGCCCGCCCGGGCCCUUCCCCGCUGCGCCGGCCGCCCCCGACGGCGCAGAUCCCGGAGAGGCCCCGACGCCCCCAAGCAGCGCCCAGCGGAGCCCAGGGCUACGCCCCGCUGCGCACUCGCACGCCGGCUCUCUGCGCCCCGGCCUGAGCGCGCCGUGGGGCGAGCCCGGGGGGCUGCGCGCGGCGGGCGGCGGCGGCAGCACCAGCAGCUUCCUGAGUUCCCCCUCCGAGUCCUCGGGCUACGCCACGCUGCACUCGGACUCGCUGGGCUCCGCGUCCUAGGACCGCCGGCGCCUCCCCACGGACGCCAGGCAGGCCAGGCCGCUCUCCGGGGCCACAGCACCAAAGACGCCCGCCUCCGCCCCGCGCGCAGACAUGCGCCACCCCUCCCAGGGGUGAGGGGGCGUUGGCCUCAGCGUUUGUCUUCCGGCUCCUCCCAGCUGGCCUUGUCCCAAGGGCGACGGCUGCCCCGGACGACUGCGCUGGGCACCACAUGUCCCGGGCCGAGUGAGGUCGGGCCUGGGGAGCUGAGUGACAUCCCAAGCUUGGGCUUGGGUAGUGAGUGACAUGUGCACACGUCCAGCUGCGCCAUCACCAGCCCUGCGCAACAGGACGUCGGGAGCAGGGAACCUGAGACAGGGCCACUGCGGGAUCGGACAAAGCCCCGCUUUGGAGAGGCUGAGCUGGAGCCACUGGCCUCCCCAGGGGCUUUCCACCCACACUGCACCAUAACCGCCACACCCGUGGGAGGGGGGGAGGGUACAGAGGGUCUCUAAGCACAGGGGUGUUCAGAGCCCGAACAAGCUCUGAUCAGGUCUCCCUGCUUCCGACCUGUCCUGCCUCAGUUUCCCCAUCUGUGAUGAGCAGGUGACCACGUUAACUCUCAGGGCUGUUUGAAGUCUCUUGGUUGUAGGCCCUGGCCACUGAGUGGCCCAGGUGUGAGAAGUAGUCUAGAGCCCUCUGCGGCCUUUGUGGAGGUCCGUUUUCAGCAUGUGGCCUGGUGUGGCUCCCUAGGCCUGAGGCCUCCCACUCUCAGUGCCCCCUGCCCCCUUGGGAACCCACACUCCACCCCAACUAAGCACAACACUCUGCACCACCACCAAUGGCACCUGAGCCACCUUGACCACCAUUAGUGUCCCCACCCUCAUUACUCUGCCGUCGUUGCCUGUCCCCACCACAUCAUCUCCCUCCAUGGCUCCCACCAUGACGCUGGCAGGUGCAAGCGGAGAGCACGAGGGCAGCAGGGCCUGGGCUUCCGUGUCCCUGCGUCAUCCCCAGCCUCACUCCCCGCCCGUGCAGGCCUGGCCAGGAAGGGAUCCUGGCAGGGGCUUCCAGGUUCUCAGCUCAAGGCCUGGUCCCGGGCAGGCGUCCAACCCCUGGGAGCAAUGCAUUUCUUUGCCUGCCUUCCUGGGCAGACCCCUUACAGGCCUGGGCAUUGCCAUGGGCCCUGGGUCUUCCCAGGCUAAGGAGAACCAGGAACAGCUAUAACCUUGAGCUGGUGAAAUAGGGCAGAUGAGAAGGCUGUCUCCUUCAGACCCCUACCCCUACACAGUGGCCCCACAAUAUGAAGACCUGGGGUAAUUCCAAGGUGAGCAUAGAGCCUGCCUGUGCCCAGUUCCUUCUGGCCCUCAGGUGGCCAAGCCCAUCUCUUCAUCCUUCAGAUAGGGUCCCACUCCCAGAAGAAGCUGCUGGGGUGGGGGUGGGAGGCUGCCUAAGCCUGUCUGUGCUUCAGAGGCCCCUCCAGUCCCUGGCUGUGGGGUAACUGGGGUUAUGAGCUGUGGCCACAGGUGAGCAAGGCAAGGAACUGCAAUCCAGCCCUGGCCACGGGAGGGGCCAUCUCUGGCCAAUGCUGCUGUGCCUUCAAGGACUGACAAGUUACGUAGGGGCAGAGGUCGCCAGCUAGCCAGCGUCUCCUCCAUCUGGGGGGCGUCUGUCCACUUGUCACCUUAGGUUUUCACUCAUUUGUCACCUUGGGGUUUUGCUCUGUGUGUUUCAUAUCCAACGGCAAUACUUGCAGGGGGACAGAGUCCUCAAUACUCCAGUCCUGCGGUUUUUACAAACAUAAAGGGGGAGACCCCAAGUGGAGGACCCUGGGCCUGGAGCUCCCUCCCAAACUUUGUCCAGCAUCCAGGCCUGUUCCCUGGGCUCACUGGGGAGGGAGUUGUCUUCAUAGCACACCCAGAGCCAGGGAUCCCUUUGUAGUUUUUUGACAACUGAGCAUUUCUCUUCUGUACAGGACCCAAUAAAAACUUCCUUAUGAUUUGCACCUGGCA